GCUGAUAAAGCAACGACACGCAUACGCACGUAUAUUGCCAUUAAAUCGACAACGUAUCUUAAAGCAACUGAACAAAAUUUGACGGUAGCAAUGGUGGUGGCAAAGGCCUUCAUAUUCGAGAAGCAGUUUAAUGGAUUUCCGCAGGAAACGGAUUUGAAACUGGUAGAGGAGGAACUACCCGACAUCAAGGAUGGAGAAUUUUUAGCAGAAGCUGUCUACCUUAGCGUCGACCCUUAUAUGAGGGCGUAUGCCCCAAGAUUACCUCUAGGAGAUACUUUCGUAGGAGGACAAAUUGCCAAAAUAAUUGAGAGUAAAAACCCAAAAUACCCGGUUGGAAAAUAUGUGGAAGCACGUUUUGGGUGGAGGACACAUACCAUAUCGGAUGGUAAGAGGAUAUCGGAAUGGAGUAGCCCUAUGAUACUCCCAGAUUUUGGGGACCUUCCUAUUUCUCUAGGAUUGGGGGUUUUAGGUAUGCCUGGAAUCACGGCCUACUUCGGAGUCACCGACAUCUUGCUUCCCGAGAUCGGACAAACGGUGAUAGUGACCGGAGCUGCCGGAGCGGUGGGCAGCCAUGUUGGACAGAUCGCCAAACUGAAAGGAUGCAAAGUUAUUGGUGUGGUCGGAUCGGACGAAAAGGGGAAAUGGUUAGUGGAUGAGCUGGGUUUCGACCAUUUCAUUAAUUAUAAGACCGACGAUAUAAGCAAAGUACUCCAGGAGAUAGCUCCCCAAGGGAUUGAUCGCUAUUUUGAUAAUGUUGGUGGUGAAAUUAGCAGUACAAUUAUCAACAACCACAUGAAGAAUUUUGGACGAAUCGCCGUAUGUGGUUGCAUAUCAGGCUACAACGAAAAGUCACUUCCUACAGCUACACCAGUUCAGGGGGGUCUGGUUACACGCCAACUCAGGAUGCAAGGACUGCAUUGCAGCAGAUGGGAAGACAGAUGGAUGGAAAGCAUCUUACAGAACAGGAAGUGGGUCGAGGACGGUAGAAUUAAAUACAGAGAGACCAUAACUGAAGGUUUUGAGAACAUGUUCAACGCCUUCACUGACAUGUUGAGGGGAGGAAACUUCGGUAAAGCUCUUGUAAAAGUGUAACCAACAAAAAUAUACAUUAAUUUGACAAAAUUAAAAGCAUUUCAUUGGUCCAA